CUCCAUCAAUCUAUCUCUAUGCUAACAUCUGGUGUGCAAUUCCCUCCAAUAUCUGUAGGUUUUUUAAGCGCCAAGAUAAGUAAUUGUUCGUUGUGGUAGCUGCUUCUAUUCGUUUAGUGACCAAUUUGCAUUGGUUGGUUUAAAUACUUUUUGAAAAUGGUUUUUGCGGUUAAAAAGAAUGAAUCUAUUAGGAGUAAAUUAUACGUCAUCAAACGAGAUGACCGCCAAGAAGAAAUCCAUUUUGAUAAAAUAACAAGUAGAAUAUCAAAGCUAUGUUAUGGUUUAAAUUUAGAUUUUGUGGAUCCAAUCGAGAUCACUAUGAAAGUAAUUUCUGGUCUUUAUCCUGGCGUGACCACGGUUGAGUUGGACAAUCUUGCUGCUGAAACAGCUGCUACAAUGACCACAAAACAUCCAGAUUACGCCUUACUUGCUGCUAGAAUAGCUGUUUCAAAUUUACACAAAGAAACCAAGAAAGUUUUUAGUGAUGUUAUGAAUGAUCUUUACUUAGUUGUUAGAGAAGGUACUGGGGACCCUGCUCCUAUGAUUUCUGAUACUCAUCAUAAAAUCAUUAUGAAUAAUGCUGAUAGACUAAAUUCUGCCAUCAUUUACGAUAGAGAUUACAAUUAUAAUUUUUUUGGCUUUAAGACACUUGAAAGGUCAUAUUUACUCCGAAUUGGGGGAAAAGUUGUUGAAAGACCACAACACAUGUUGAUGAGGGUUGCUGUUGGAAUCCAUGGUGAGGAUAUAGAUGCUGUUAUUAAAACUUAUAAUCUACUCUCUGAAGGAUAUUUUACCCAUGCUUCACCUACAUUAUUCAGUGCCGCAACUCCGAAACCUCAACUUUCUAGUUGUUUUCUAUUAGCCAUGCAAGAGGACAGUAUUGAAGGUAUUUAUAAUACUCUGAAACAGACAGCAUUAAUAUCAAAAACUGCUGGAGGUAUUGGACUUCAUGUGCAUUGCAUUCGUGCUAAAGGUACAUUUAUUGCUGGCACCAAUGGUAUCUCAAAUGGCCUUGUCCCAAUGUUGAGAGUUUUUAAUAACACAGCUCGAUAUGUUGAUCAAGGAGGCAAUAAGAGACCAGGUGCAUUUGCUGUUUAUCUUGAACCAUGGCAUGCAGAUAUAUUUGAAUUUCUUGAUUUAAAAAAGAAUACUGGCAAAGAAGAGGUACGUGCUAGAGAUUUGUUUUAUGCCUUAUGGAUACCCGAUUUGUUCAUGGAGCGUGUCCAGGCUAAUGGAAAAUGGAGUCUAAUGUGUCCCCACGUCUGUCCUAAGUUGGCCGAUACAUGGGGUAGUGAAUUUGAGAAAAUUUAUACUGGUUAUGAAAAUGAAGGCCGCUAUGUAAAACAAGUUGAAGCUCGUGAUCUCUGGAAAGCUAUCAUUGAAUCUCAAGUUGAAACUGGUGUGCCUUAUAUGUUAUACAAAGAUUCUUGUAACAGAAAAUCAAACCAGAAAAAUCUCGGAACUAUUAAGUGCAGUAAUCUUUGUACCGAAAUUAUUGAAUAUACUUCUGCUGAUGAAAUCGCUGUUUGUAAUUUAGCUUCAAUUGCAUUAAGUAAAUUUAUGAAAGCUGAUAAAACAUGUGACUUUAAAAAGUUGAAAGCUGUUACAAAAGUUGUUACUUGGAAUCUCAAUAAGAUUAUAGACAUAAAUUAUUAUCCUGUCAAGGAGGCGCAAAGAUCUAACAUGCGACAUCGUCCCAUUGGAAUUGGUGUUCAGGGACUUGCUGAUUUGUUCAUUCAAAUGAGAUUACCAUUCGAAAGUGAAGCUGCUGGGCUUUUAAACAAACAGAUUUUUGAAACUUUGUAUUAUGGAGCACUUGAAGCUAGUUGUGAAUUGGCUGAAGAGUUAGGACCAUAUGAGACUUACAGCGGAUCUCCUGCUAGUCAAGGGAUCUUACAGUAUGAUAUGUGGAAUGUUACGCCAACUGAUCUUUGGGAUUGGGCUGCAUUGAAAGAGAAAAUUGCAAAGCAUGGAUUACGUAAUUCUCUACUUAUUGCACCAAUGCCAACUGCUUCUACUGCCCAAAUUUUAGGCAAUAAUGAGUCAUUUGAACCAUAUACUUCCAAUAUUUAUACAAGAAGAGUACUUUCUGGAGAAUUUCAGGUUGUGAAUCAUCACCUACUUAGGGACUUAGUGGAUCUAGGUUUAUGGGAUGAUGAAAUGAAGAAUGCUCUCAUUGAAAACAAUGGAUCAAUACAGAAUAUUCCAAGAAUACCUGAUGAGCUAAAAGCUAUUUACAAAACUGUUUGGGAAAUAAAACAGAAGCGAAUCUUAGAGAUGGCUGCUGAACGUGGUGCAUUCAUAGAUCAAUCACAGUCUCUAAAUGUGCAUAUCGCUGAACCAUCCUUUGAUAAACUCACAUCUAUGCAUUUCCAUGCAUGGAAAUUGGGUUUGAAAACAGGAAUGUACUAUCUUCGGACAAAGCCUGCUGCUCAAGCCAUUCAAUUUACACUAGAUAAAUCAAAAGCACUAGCUGCAAUUCAAAAUGGAACAAAGAAAGAAAAUAAUUUUAAUAUGGAAGCACUCGUUUGCUCAUUACAAAACAAAGAUGAUUGUAUUGCUUGUGGAUCAUAACAUAAGUUUUAAGUACUGUAAUAUUAUUUAACUUGUAUAGUUGCUAAUUAAGUAUAUGUAUAAUUUUAAGCAUUUUUAUGAAUUAUAAAUAUAGUUUUAAGAUUUUUGAAAAAUAAAAAGAUGCUGUACUUAUAUAGUUUAAGUGAUCUAUAUUGCUUAGAUUAUUGUAAUGUAAUUUGUAAUUAUUAAUGUAAUGAUGAAUCCAAAGUAAACAAUCAAAUUCUUUAUAUUAAGGUAUGGUUAUAUGUUAUACUUUUUUAUA